AUGGGCAGCAUCAACUCAGAUUCUCUCACUAUCCCUCUGCCCCAGGGCAAACUCGUCGGCGUCAAGCUCAGCGACUCACUACCCCAACCUGUAGAUGCUUGGCUCGGCGUUCGCUACGCUCUUCCACCAACAGGCGAUCGUCGCUUCAGUCUUCCUGUCAAAGUUGCAUCAUCACCAGACACGGUAAUUGACGCAUCCAAAUAUGGCCCUGCAGGACCUGGCAAGGCGCUUCUCCCAGGGCCCAAGCUGGACCAAAGCGAAGAUUGCUUGACAGCGAAUAUCUUUCGCAAGACUUCCGAUAAACAUGAGAAGUUGCCUGUUGCGCUGUAUAUCCAUGGUGGUGCGUUCAACAGAGGUUCAGCGAUGAUGCACAAGACGGCAUCGAUGGUGGCCAAUGCCCCUGAUGCGUUCAUCGCCGUAAGCUUCAAUUACCGUAUUGGAGCUUUGGGAUUCUUACCUUCAGGUUUGAGCGCCAAGGAGGGUGCUUUAAAUCUGGGAUUGAAGGAUCAGAUUCUCAUGAUGGAGUGGGUGCAGGAAAAUAUCGAGGCCUUUGGUGGUGAUCCCAGCAAUGUCACAUUGUUUGGUCUGUCAGCCGGAGCUCACUCUAUCGGACAUCACAUCAUGCAUUAUAAGGAAGGAGUUGCACCCCUGUUUCACAAAGCCAUUAUCGAGUCUGGAGCUCCCACGUCGCGAGCUGUGAGACCAUUCGAUGCGCCUAUCCACGAAGCCCAGUUCAAAGACUUCCUUCGUGAGGUUGGCGUACCUGAAGAUCUCCCAGAGAACGAGAUUUUCCCCUACCUCCGCAAGCAGCCCGAAAAGGUCAUCACUGAUGCUCAAACCGCCACCUUUGACAAGUACAACCCUUCACUUCGCUGGGCAUUCCAGCCCGUUAUCGACGGCGAAAUCAUUGCCCGUCCGCCUCUAGAGACAUGGAGACAAGGAAAAUGGCACAAGGUGCCCAUCAUGACUGGUUUCACGACAAACGAAGGAUCACUCUAUGUUGACAAGACCAUGUCAAAAUCAUCCGAGUUCAGAUACUUCUGGGCUGAGUUACUACCUUUGCUCACCUCAGAAGACCUUGACACCAUUGAGGAGUUGUACAAAGACCCAGCAAAGUUCGAAGACUCAGAGUACAAGGAGACACGGAAGGAUAUGGGCGCUCAGUACAAGCGAAUUGAAGCUGCAUACGCCCACUACGCCUACGUUGCCCCUGCCCGUCAAACAGCCGAACUGGCCUCCCCAUCCGUCCCCGUGUAUCUCUACCACUGGGCCGCUCAGAGCACCGUUAACAACGGUGCUCAACACGCUGAUAACAUGCGCUACGAAGUGUGCGACCCUAAUGUCUUGAAAGUGUCAUCUACCCAGAAAGAUUUGGCCAAGACACUAAACCACUACAUUACCAGCUUUAUCACAAAGGGCGACCCGAAUGCGGUUGCUGGUGAGUAUCCUUCAAGGCCUAAGUGGGAAGCUUAUGAUGUCAAAGAUCCCAAGGUAUUGAGAUUUGGUGAUGGGAAUGAGGAGUUGAUUGGCGGUGAUGUUGGCAAGACGGCUGUGUUUGAUAACGAUGAAUGGGGACGAAAACAGUCCAAGUUCUGGUGGAGUAAGGUUGAUAUCUCGCAGCAGUGA